AUGUCGGGCAAUAUUCUUACGUUACCAUCUGAUUUCAUUAACCUCAACGAAGUGUCAAGUCACCGUGCUUCAUGCUCAAGUGACAUUUCAGUCGACCUUAGCGAUGCUUUUCAAAGUAUGCGCGCUAAAAUAGUUCCAAAAAAAAGCAAGUUACUGAAGGAUGUCAGGUUCAAAUAUCUGUUUGUUACGUUUCACUGUACAUUUGCUCAUAAGCGCGAUUCGGAAGUGUAUAAUUUCCUUAGUUGCUAA